AUGGCGCUGGCGGGCGCGUGGCAGGCGGCGGCGCUGGGGCGGAUGGCUGAGGUGGACGCGGGGUGCGUCCACAGCAUACAGCCGUCGUUCAACAAUGAAUACGAGACCAAGUACACCCAAGAGCGUGACUGCUUCCAAGACUACUCUCCGGGCGCCCUAGCAUCGUACCGCAAGCACCUAGCGGCGCUGAACCCCGACCUGGCCUUCUGGAACGCCCGAUGGGCACCCGAUGGGGCGGCGGACGGGGCCUUCGCGUCUUGGGAGGCAGUACAGCCGCCGGCCAUGUACCAACACGGGAAACACAGGGACGAUGGCGCGAGGAGCGCGCGCUACUGGGACUGGCAGGCGUGGCGCCACGCCGCGCUGCACGACGCGCACGAGCGCGCGUGCGCGCGCGCGGCCGCGCGCGGCUUCCGCUGCAUCCUCCACUUUGGCGAGUUCUUGACAAGCAACGACGCGAUCUAUGCGGGCGGUGCGAUCUUCUCGUUGGCGGCGUCCCCGUGGGUCGACUUUGUCGUCGUUGACUCGAACUUUUUGACGGCCGCGCACAACUUGAACGACGUGCGGAUCGUGCAGCUCUUGCUUGCCGCUAUGAAGCCGUUCGGCAAGCCCGUUUUCUUCGAGGGCGCGUUCGAGCGCUUCAAGGACGGCGCGAUGCACAAGCGCGCCGUCGAGCUGACCGUGUCCAGCGGCGCGCACGGCGUCGGGUUCACGAACUGGCUGGGGCGCGUGGAGGAGGGGUCGUUCUUCUCGACGGUGCUUGGGCCGGCGGGCGUGGGGCCCGCGGCCGGCGGGCGGCACGCGGCGGCAGAGGCGGCGAUGGCGGGCGUGCUUGGUGGUGACGGCGCGUACCUAGCGCAUAUGGGCAGCCCCCGCGCCCUGCGGCUCGGCGGCGGCGGCGGUGGCGGCAGCAGCGGCAAUAGCGGCAGCGGCAGCGGUGGUGGCGCCUCAUCAUCGAGUGCAGUAGCGGCAGCGCCCGUGCCCGCCGGGGCGGCCAACGGCGGCGCCCCCAGGGUGGCGAUCCUGGCCCCCCACCGCUCGUUCCAGGCGUUCAAGGGGCUCGCUGUCGGGCCGGACGGGAAGCUCGUGGACGAUGCACUGCAGGAGGAGCUGUUCCGCUGCCUCGACGCCGUCGAGGCGGCGACGACCUCGACGAACAACCUCGGACUGUUCGCGGUGCCCCCGAUGAUCCUGCCGGCGCUCGACGGCCUCGACGAGGUGUGGUACCUCGAGCCAGAGGUGUUGCUGUCCUCGGACGCCGCGGCGGUCGCCGCGGCGCGCGCGCGGGCGGCGCUGGCGGGCGUGCCCGUGCACGUGUGCGGCGGGGCCGCGAGGGCGGGGCCGCCGCACGUCGUGCAGGAGUGCUGCGGCGGCGUGUGA